AUGUUUUUACAACUUUAUAAGGACUCCUUAAAUUCGUCUUCAGAUAGUUCUUUCGAAGAACAUGUCUUUGAAAUAUCUGAAAUAAAUGGGGAUCAUCAAGAUGAAAGAAAAAACAAUCAGACUAACUAUGGUGAUUUAUGUACUCAAUAUCUUCCAUUGUCUGCGAGUUCUGUUUUUCGACAUCCAUAUUACAACUAUCCAAGUGUGGUGGAUCCAGGUAUUAAAGAAGCUUUGCUUUAUCCAAAACCUCAGAUUAUCUAUCCAGACGACGGUCAAGAACUUUACUUAGAAUUAUGUAAAGAAUCAAAACUUAGCCCUAUUCGAAGUUCCUAUAAAGAAUUAUUAGAAGAAAUAGUCAACUUGAAAUAUUAUGGUGUAAGUCAAAUGGGUUUUCGAGCUAUUGCUAUAUCUCUCAAAAAUAAUAAACAUGUCAAAGUAAUAGAUUUAACUGACAAUUGGAUAUCUGAAGAUGGGUGUUAUCAUUUAGGUGAAAUACUCAUUGAAAAUAUAACUUUAAAAGAAUUAAAUUUAUUCGGAUGUCGUAUUGAGCCGGAAGGAGCAAAGCGAAUAUUUGCAAACCUGCAUAUCAAUCAAGUUUUACAAAAAAUUGAUCUUACUAAAAAUUAUCUAGGAGAUACGGGUGUAGAUUACCUGGCUAAAGCAAUAUUUUUAGGUUCUAAUUUAACAAACAUAAUUCUUUCAUAUAAUAAUCUUACAGCUAAAGCUCUGGUAGUCCUUACAGAAGCCUUUGAAACUCAUAAUAAAUUGACGAAUCUUGAUUUGUCUUGGAAUACGAUCCUUUCACCGAAUGCUGUGUUCAAUUUGUGUACUAAACUAUCCGAAAAUAUUGUAUUUGAAGAAUUAAUUUUAUCUUGGACUUCAUUAAGCUGUCUUCGUGUAGGGAAGGCAAUUAAAACUCUUCUGUCAAACUCAAAUCUAAAGUGUCUGAAUUUAAGUAAUAACAAAUUAUCAACUGUAGCGGUCAAACAGAUAGCGAAUGGGUUAGAAAACAAUCGAAGCUUAAUUAUUUUAGACGUCUCGUACAAUCCUUUAACUCCAAAAGAUAUACUUUUAUUGAUGUGCCUGAGAAACCGUAAAGUUAAACUCCAAAAACUUUUACUUGAUAAUGUAUUCGUGACAACGGAAUUUCUAGAGUUAAGACGCGAGAUUUUGAAGUAUAGAAAGAAUGCAGUUAUAACAUGGGGAGGGUUAAUACCGAAGUUUAUUCCUGUUGGUGCUGACAUGCGAGAUAUUGUGUUAAACAGGGCUAACGCUGUAUGCUCGAAGUCUAAGAAGUCGAUAGAUAUAGCUUUAGUUAUUCUAGAAUUUUACAAAGAAAAUAAAGAACCAAUGGAUGUUAAGGUCUUUGCUAAGGCACUGAGGAUGAAUAGCGUAUUCUUAGACGAAGGUUUACUUGAGGAACUAUCAAGUAGUUUUGCCGGACCUGCUUCUGGAACGGGAAAGACCAUAAACAUGGUCAAAUUAGUCGAUUAUUUAAAACGAAAAUGGCCGGAUAAACAACUACCACCUACUCCUCCUCCAGUAGAGCCAGAACCUAAAACUAAAACGAAGACUAAUAAGAAACAAUAA